CCUUCUUUCUCAUCACCUUUCACGUUUUUCUCCAUUGCGUAGUACCGUACUUCACAUUGAAUGAUCCGUUUCACUUCUCAUUAGCCGCUCUUUUUUAUUCCAUUUCUCUUUUUUUUUUGUUCAUUUCCAGCUCUCUGAAUCUCUGAGAGGAAGAUAUGGCGGCAAACGCAAAUGGAGUGCCGACGCCAAGGAGUCCGUUGGCUAGGAUUCAGACACAGAAGAAGCAGAACGGGAUCUGUCACGAUGAUAGUGGGAAACCCGUCAAGGCUCAGACCAUUGAUGAGCUUCACUCUUUGCAGAAGAAGAGAUCUGCGCCAACUACGCCUCUCGAAGGGGCUCAGGGCGCCUUCGCUAGCUUGUCGGAGGAGGAACGCCAGAGGCAGCAGCUCCAGUCUAUCAGUGCAUCCUUGGCAUCACUGACGAGAGAAACAGGGCCAAAGUUGGUUAAAGGAGACCCAGCGAAGACCCAGGCGGUAGCGCGUGUGGCGCAUCACCACCACGUGGAGGCACCAACCAUCAGCGUCAGUGACAGUUCUUUGAAAUUCACCCAUGUCCUGUAUAACCUUUCCCCUGCGGAGUUGUACGAGCAGGCUAUAAAGUAUGAGAAGGGAUCGUUCAUUACAGCAACCGGUGCACUGGCCACCCUGUCGGGGGCGAAGACCGGGCGGUCUCCAAGAGAUAAGAGAGUUGUUAUUGAUGACAGCACCCAAGAUGAGCUUUGGUGGGGAAAGGGAUCACCCAACAUUGAAAUGGACGAGCACACCUUCAUGGUGAACAGAGAAAGAGCUGUUGAUUACUUGAAUUCUCUGGACAAGGUUUUUGUGAAUGAUCAAUUCUUGAACUGGGAUCCACAGAACAGAAUCAAAGUCCGAAUUGUCUCUGCUAGAGCUUAUCAUUCAUUGUUCAUGCACAACAUGUGUAUCCGACCCACUCCUGAAGAGCUGGAGAAUUUCGGUACUCCGGACUUCACUAUAUACAAUGCUGGACAGUUCCCGUGUAAUCGUUAUACACACUACAUGACAUCCUCCACUAGCAUAGAUCUUAAUCUUGCUAGGAGGGAAAUGGUCAUCCUCGGCACUCAGUACGCCGGGGAAAUGAAGAAGGGUCUUUUCAGUGUUAUGCAUUAUCUCAUGCCUAAGCGUCAAAUCCUCUCCUUACAUUCUGGCUGCAAUAUGGGGAAAGAUGGAGAUGUUGCCCUCUUCUUUGGACUGUCAGGUACCGGCAAGACUACGUUGUCUACUGAUCACAACAGGUAUCUAAUUGGAGAUGAUGAACACUGCUGGAGUGAUAAUGGUGUGUCAAACAUUGAAGGUGGUUGCUAUGCCAAGUGCAUUGGUCUUUCAAGGGAGAAGGAGCCUGAUAUCUGGAAUGCCAUUAAGUUUGGCACGGUGUUGGAAAACGUAGUGUUUGAUGAACAUUCACGAGAGGUGGAUUAUGAAGAGAAAUCGGUUACAGAGAACACUCGUGCAGCCUACCCCAUCGAAUACAUUCCCAAUGCUAAGAUUCCAUGCGUUGGUCCACACCCUAAGAAUGUCAUACUUUUGGCAUGUGAUGCCUUUGGUGUCCUUCCACCUGUGAGCAAGCUGAGUCUGGCACAAACCAUGUACCAUUUCAUUAGUGGUUACACUGCUCUGGUGGCUGGCACAGAAGAUGGUAUUAAGGAGCCAACGGCAACAUUCUCAGCUUGCUUUGGUGCAGCAUUUAUCAUGUUGCAUCCUACUAAGUAUGCAGCCAUGCUAGCUGAGAAAAUGCAGAAGCAUGGGGCAACAGGAUGGCUUGUCAACACUGGCUGGUCUGGUGGAAGCUAUGGCUAUGGAAGCCGUAUCAAGUUACCAUACACCCGAAAAAUCAUUGAUGCCAUUCACUCUGGCAGCCUCAUGAAUGCAACUUACCAGAAGACUGAUGUGUUUGGGCUAGAGAUCCCCACUGAGAUUGAGGGAGUGCCUUCACAAAUCCUGCGUCCAGAGAACACUUGGGGUGACAAGAAGGCAUACAAGGACACACUGUUGAAGUUGGCUGGCCUGUUCAAGAAGAACUUUGAGACCUUCACAAACUACAAGAUUGGCAAGGACAACAAGCUGACUGAGGAUAUCCUCGCAGCUGGUCCGAACUUUUAAAUCAGGACCAAUGAAGAAGGGAAGAAACUGUCGUUAGCUGUUGUGCAUAAAUGAUCGAAAAUGUGAGAGAAAUAAGAGUUUGCUGGUCAUUUAUGGGGUCCGUAUUGAUAUGUAAAAUGGUUUCUUAUGUCAAAUCGUUUAUCCCUUUUCUAUAUGAAGUAGACCUUGAGCUGA